GUUAUACCUCAAGAGAUCUUUCUUGCUGUAUUUAAGGAAAAUAUGUCCGCGCAAGGACGAUGACUUUUCUAAAAUCUUGUGAAAUAAUCCAAUUGAGUAUAUCUGGCUAUUACAGGUUCUCUCAUAAGCAUGUCUCUCUCCAUUCAAUCCCGGUCUAUCUAUCAUGGCCUCCCAGUGUUCCCAGGGGAGCUAAAGGGCCUCACUGCCAUUGUAGCUGGUGCUAAUGGCAUUUCCGGUGACUAUAUGCUCCAAGUUCUUUGUGAGUCACCCGAACGCUGGACAAAGAUCUAUGCACUCUCCCGGAGACCUCCAAAUAAAAUUUGGCCAGCGCACGUCAAACAUCUUUCUCUGGAUUUCAUGGAUCCUCCUGAGAAAAUUGCUGAGCAGCUUAGGCAGGAUGAGGUGAAAGCAGAUUAUAUUUUCUUCUUUGCCUACAUUCAGCCGCCACCAAAGGAGGGCGGAAAUAUCUGGAGCGCUGUAGAGGAUCUCGUUCGUGUCAAUAAACAGCUGCUGGUAAAUUUCUUGGAAGCCCAGGCGCUAAACAAUUCACUUCCGAAGCACAUCCUUCUGCAAUUAGGUGCAAAGUACUAUGGCCUCCAUUUAGGCCCUGCAAAGACUCCUCUAGUAGAAUCAGACCCACGUGUACUUUUGGAACCAAACUUCUACUAUGAUCAAGAAGAUUAUUUGAAGGAGUUUGCGCAAAAACAUAAUAUUGGAUGGAACACAACUCGUCCUGCGUUCAUUCCAGGAGCAGUCACUGAUGCAUCCAUGGACCUUUGCUUUGCAUUGGGGAUAUAUGCUACUGUCCAGAAAUAUCUAAACCAGCCCCUGGUGUAUCCAGCAGACUUCACUGCUUGGACGAACGUUCAAAAUCUGUCCAGUGCUGCAACAAACUGCUACCUGGCGGAGUGGGCAGUUUUGACCAAAGGGGCUGAGAACCAGAGCUUCAACGCAAUUGAUGGCGCUCCGUUUAGCUGGGAAGGAUUCUGGCCCCAGCUCGCCGAUCGGUUUGGGUUGCCCUGGACUGGACCAGACUUGAGUGAGAGUGCACAGUACCAUGACGUGGUACUGCCUUAUGACCCUCCACCCCGUGGAUACGGGCCACAAGCCAAGUCUCGGUUCAGAUUCACCUUAACAGAAUGGGCUAAACGUCCCGAGGUUUCAGCGGCUUGGAGGGAAAUUGCCAAAGAAAAUAACCUACGAGACAAGGAACUAAGAGAGCCAGAACGACUUUUUGGAUUUAUUGAUGUGCUUCUCAUGAUGUCCUAUCCCGCUUUGUACAGCGUAACUAAAUUGAGGAAGCUUGGUUAUUUUGGAUAUGUUGACACAAGUGAGUCGAUCAUAGAGGCCUUGGAAAGGCUUGUUGGUCUGCGUAUGAUCCCGCAAUUUUAAUAUGUCGUUCUGCGAUCUGGCCGUGGAACAGAAGAGCUUUUCAUCUUCAGACAGUUGGCCAUGUUAGAAUGAUUCACAUAUAGCGUACAUAUGCAGGACUGGAAAACAUCUUUUUAAAGAAUUGUGGGAAGGAUAUGUGAAUUGUCAUCUCGUCAUUUUAUUUCAACCGAACAUAUUUUGUCCAAAAGAACUCCACAGAAAAUUAAUAUUUGAAACUGCAAUGCUGAAAUAUUAUUGUAUUAUCUUUGGGGUCUAAUAAUUUAUAAAAUAG